AUGGAAAAACUAAGACAUACUGUAUUGAAAAAUUUUAAAACCCUGCAUCGAACUCGACUUAAAAUUUUCGAUGGGGACCAUAAGGCACUAAAUGCAGCCAGACUAAAAAUAAACGAUGAAUAUAAGAAAAAUAAAGCAGUCAAAGAUGAAGAGGCAAUAAAAGCCAUGGUUAAGUUUAGUGAGGAAAUUGAAAAAGAACUGAAAACUCAAGUCAUUCAAGCCCGAGAAGUCAAGCCUGGUGUGUUUGAGGCAAGAAUUACCGAAGACACUGUUAAGCUGGACAAUGUCAUGUUUGAUGAAAAUGCAGAAUUACCAAAAAGUCGCAGAAAAAAUCAACAAUGUUGUCAGGACAUGAAAGAUAAAUAA